AUGGCGGAAUUAAACAAGCAAGAUAAAGUAGUUGUAAAUGGAAACGAAGAAAGAGAAGAAACGAGGUUGUUAGAAGUAAUGGUGGCGUUAGAUUUCGACAUGCUAUUGGCUUCUCAACAAACCCAAGGCAAAUGGAAGGAAAUUGGAAGCUCCAGGGAAGAAAACGCCGACUUCAGCGGCGUUUUGAGGAUGUGGGAAGGUGAAGUAGUUCUUGAUUUCAUGGAUGACCGCCGUGUCGCUCUUGAAUCUGCCUGUUGCCCCUGCUACAGAUUUGGGAAGAACAUGAAGCGGGCUGGUUUUGGUUAUUGCCUUCUUCAGAGAACUGUUUAUUUCAUUCUUGUUGUUAGUGUGUUUCUCAACAUCCUUGCCUUUAUGGUCACCGACCGAAAUUGCUUCCUGUAUUUAGCCGUUGCUUUCGCCGUAUCUCUCGGUGUGUAUUCGGGGUUCUUCCGUAUGCAAAUCAAAAGAAAAUUCAAUAUUAUGGGUACUGAUAACUUGUUAGAUGAUUGCAUCUACCAUCUAAUCUGCCCUUGCUGUACAUUAUCACAGGAAUCCAGAACACUAGAGAUGAACAAUGUCCAAGACGGUACAUGGCAUGGUCGUGGUGAUAUAUGCAUAGGAAGCCACAUCGAAGGGAACAGACCAUUCUUUGAGCUCCACCAUCCUCAUCCUAUAUCAAUUAAGAUUCCGGAGCCCUGCAGUAUGCAAAACGGUUUAAAUGGAUUUCAAUAA